GAUCCACAUUCACAACAAUGAGACUGGUGAUUCUCGUGUGCCAGCUCGGCCUCAUUCUGAGGACCGAGGCCCAGACGCCACCUGAAUGCAGCGGCAGUGACACGUUCAGGGACCCAGAAAACACUGACAUUAUCGUGACCUGUGGCACAGAGUUCAUGAGCCUGAGCAUCUAUAUCUGUCCAAUGUUUAAAUCUGGUUACAACGAGUCUCUGAUGGUCCUCAACAAUCAGAUCAGUAAAUCUGAGUGUUACGGCACAGCCGACCUGACCGUUGUUCCACCGGUCCUCAACUUCAAAAUCCCGCUGAAUGUAACUGAUGCCGGCGCCUGCAGCAGUGUCCUCACGGUAACCAACGAGGUUGGGACGGGAGAAUUUUCGGACUUCUCGAACAUCCAGUUCUUAAACAUGUCGGGCACUGUUAACUCAGUGGACCCGGUCACUGGUACAGUCACGUAUCGCUCACAGAUCCUCUACAGGUUCUCCUGUCGUUACCCGAUGCAGUAUGUGAUGAACAACACUCAAGUCAGCGUAACGGGAGUGAACGUCGCGAUACAAGACAACAAUGGCAGUUUCGUCAGCACUCUGAGCAUGCAGCUGUUUUCAGAUUCAAAUUUUCAAGACGACCUGCUGAUACCAAACACAGGACUCAACCUGAAGACCAUCAUCUAUGUUGCAGUAAAAGCCACCAAUCUCACAUCAAAAUUCAACGUGUUGUUGGACCGAUGUUUCGCAUCCACGGGUCCUUACAACAACCGAUCCACCUUCUACGAUCUGUUUGUCGGCUGCAUCCAUGACCCUCAGACUAAUCUGAUUCUGAACGGACAGUCUCAGGUGGCUCACUUCUCCUUUGAGGCCUUCAGAUUUGUGGAGCACCAAAACCAGGAGGUGUCCACGUUCUACGUGCACUGCAUCACCAGACUGUGUGAGGUGUCGUCGUGCAGCCUCCUGCAGCCUGAUUGUUCCUCGCCAGCCAGGAGAAGGAGAGCGGCUGUGACUGAGGGUGCGACGCCCAACGCCACGGUCUCUUCAGGCGCCAUACGUGUGGGUCACAUGACCAACGACGAUUCUGCGACAAACUUCUCUGCUCAAGUUUCGGACGCUCAGAGCGAGUACAGCAGUCCUGUGGUGGCCGUCAUCAUCUGCCUCGUCGUCGUAGCGAUCAUCCUCUUGGCCAUGAGUGUCUACUUUGUGUUGUACAUCAGACGAAGGCCAUCGUUCUAAUCUGGUCCAGCGACUCCAGCACUCAGCUGUCCGUGUAGAAGUUUAAACCUGUAGCAUCUAAACCACAUUUAUGUAGAGUUUAUGAUAAUUUAUUCAUGAUCUGUAUAUUUGCAUGUUCAAAAGAAAACACGUAGUGUAACGCAGGAUUAAGACAAUAUUUACAGUUUAUUCUGCGACAUAAACUCACCUGUUCGAUCUG